AUGGAGAAUACUUAUGAUAACAGUUUAGAGGAUCUAGGGUUUCAGUCCUUCUCUGAAAGAAUGCAUGGGGAUGUCUUUAUCAAGUCAAGCAAUGCAAACCAGCCGAACCAAAAGGAUUCGCGUGAUAUGUCUUCUUUUUGGGCUAGUCUGGAUGCUAAAUCGUUAAACAUUGAUGGAUCAUCGGUGUUGCCGAGGAGGGUUGUCGGCCAAAAGGAACCUAGAGUGAUUAACAUAAUUGAUGAAUUGGAGAAGGUAUCGGUUCCGGUUCAUGAGGCAAGUAUUGAUGCAGAUCGGAAUAAAGAGGAGCCUGCCGUUAAGGUCUCAUAUGCGGAUAGGGUAAGGAAUGCUGCCGUUGUAAAAAAAGAGGUGAAUUUCCGGAAGAUGGAUUCUGGAGAGACAAAACCUGAUGCUGAUGUUGUCAUCCCUCGUGAGGUAAUCCGCAAAGCUCAACAGAAAUUUGUCAAUGUUUUAUAUGGUUACUUCUUGGGUAAUCGGUUGCCGUUCCCGGUUGUUGAGUACUAUGCUAAGAAUGUUUGGGCUAAAUUUGGUUUUAAUAAACUCAUGAUGAACGGGGAUGGUUUCUUUUUCUUUAAGUUUGAUACGAAGGAGGGUAUGGAAAAAGUGUUGGAAGGUGGUCCUUGGUUGAUUAGGAAGGUGCCGUUAUUUCUUAACGUUUGGUCCCCGUCCAUUAGCCUUAAGAAAGAAGGAAUUAAAUCUGCUCCGGUUUGGGUGAAGCUCCAUAAUGUGCCUAUUGCAAUCUAUAAUGAGGAUGGUUUAAGCUUGCUAGCUUCUAAGAUUGGUGAACCAAAACGGUUGGAUGGUUAUACAGCGGAUAUGUGUUCGGAAAACUGGGGUCGGAGUAGUUUUGCUAGGGCCUUAAUUGAAAUCAAUGCGGAUGCUGAUAUCAAAGAGUUUAUCACUGUGGCUAUUCCGAAGCUUGAGGAGGAUGGUUAUGUUACAGAAAGAAUCAAAGUUGAAUAUGAAUGGAAGCCUCAACGGUGUUCGGGUUGUUGUGUUUUUGGUCAUAAUGAUCAGACUUGUGUUAAAAACGUGAACAAUAAGAAAGAUAAGCAAGUUGUGGUAGAUGAGGAUGGGUUUGUUACUGACAAAAGGAAAACGGCUAGGCUUGGAACGAUGCCGAAGAAGCAAAAACAAAAAUUCAUAUAUAGACCAAAGGUAGUUACUAUGGGUGCCAGUUCCUCGGGUACAAAGCAGGAUAAGCCUAAUAAGAAUAGUGUGGAGAUUAGGAACUCUUUUGAAGCCCUUAAAAACACGGAGGGGGAUGCUCGGGUUGUUGACACUGAGAAACAACAUGAUUCGGGUCAGGCUAAUGUUGGUAAUAAGAAUGGUUCUUUUCAAGAAGAGGAGGUUGUUAACAGGGUUCAAACAGAAAUGGCUGAUUUUAUGUCAACUGCAUGGAACAUUAGGGGUUUGAAUCGUCCCCUGAAACAAAACGAGAUUCGGAUUUUUAUUACUGAAAAUCAGCUUAGUGUUUGUGCGGUUUUGGAAUCUCAUGUCCAAGUGAAUAACUUAGAUAGAAUUUGUAACAAAGUUUUUCGUUCUUGGAAUUGGACGUCUAAUGGGGGUUUGUGUGCUAGGGGUACUCGUAUAAUUCUUGGAUGGAAUGCGGAUGAUGUGGAUUUAAUGGUUCUUUCUCAAUCGGACCAAGUUAUCCACACUCAGCUCAAAUUUAAGGCUGACAAGAAAAUGUUUCUUUGUUCGUUUGUUUAUGCAGAAAACUCUUAUCAAGCGAGGCGGGUGCUAUGGGAUGAUCUAUUUAAGCAUAAUAGUUUGGCUCGAGAUAAGCCGUGGCUGAUUCUUGGUGAUUUUAAUGUGGCUCUUAGUCUUGAUGAUUGUUCUUCUGGUUCGUCUAGUCUUACUAUUGGCAUGAGGGAGUUUGAUGAUUGUGUCAAACAAUUGGAGGUUCUUGAUAUUCCUUGUCAUGGUAUGCAUUUCACAUGGAACCAGAAGCCGAGAGAGGGUAUUGGUGUUUUGAAAAAGCUAGAUCGGAUUAUGGGUAAUAUCCAUCUCCUUUCUUUAUUUCCGGAGGGCUUUGCUUUUUUUCAUCCGCCUCGCAUUUCGGAUCAUACUCCUUGUGUGUUUAAAUCGUCUUCGGCUAGUAGUCAUAAACCGAGACCUUUUAAAUUCCCGAACUUUAUUACGUCUAAACCGGAGUUUUUGCAAGCUGUUGAUAAGGAAUGGUCUAAUAGUGUUACGGGUCAUGCCAUGUAUUCGGUGGUCAAGAAAAUGAAAAAUCUCAAACCAGCUUUUCGCAAGAUUCUUCAUAACCAGGGUAACCUUCAUGUUCGAGUGUCUUCUCUUCGGAAGCAACUGGAUGAUCUUCAGCUGCAAAUUGACACUAACCCGUCGGACUCUUGCCUUCGUGAGUUGCAAGCUUCAUGUCUCCGUGAUUUUCAAGUUGCGGCUUAUGAUGAGGAAUGCUUUCUUAAGCAGAAAGCUAAGGUUGAUUGGCUUAGUGCGGGUGAUGCUAAUACGUCUUAUUUCCAUAAGUGUGUGAAGAGCAGGAAUGCGAGAAGUAAAAUCUCGUGUAUUAAAGAUGCUCAGGGUAACCAGUUCGAGGGUGAUGAUGUCCCUGCUGUUUUUGUUAAUCAUUACACGGAUUUUUUGGGUACUCCGGACUACGUUGACCACCUUGAUAUUGAUAACUUGUUUAUUAAUACUCUCUCUACUAAUGCUGCAAAUCAUAUGAUUCGUCCGGUGUCUAGAGAGGAAGUUAAAAAGGCUAUGUUUAGCAUUGGGGAAAACAAAGCUCCGGGCCCGGAUGGUUACACGUCAGCUUUUUUUAAACAUGCUUGGGAGACGGUGGGUGAGGAAGUUACGAACGCUGUUCUUACCUUCUUUGAUAAUGGCCAAUUGCUUAAACAGAUCAAUCACACGAUCAUUGCUUUGGUUCCUAAAAAGGAGGCUCCUAAUUCGGUUCUUGACUACAGGCCGAUUUCCUGUUGUAACGUGCUCUUCAAAUGUAUCAGCAAGAUCAUCACGGAUAGACUGAAAGGUAAUCUGGAUAGCUUGGUUAGCAUUAACCAAUCGGCUUUCGUUCCUGGUCGUAAGAUAUUUGAUAACAUCCUCCUCACGCAAGAACUUAUGCACAAUUAUCAUAUCAAUAGAGGUCCUUCUAGAUGUGCUUUGAAAAUUGAUAUUCAGAAGGCAUAUGAUACAGUUAACUGGUCUUUCCUGGAAACUGUCUUAAUGAGGUUUGGUUUUCAUCGUAAAAUGGUAAAGUGGAUUAUGACAUGCGUUUCUACGGUUUCGUAUUCUCUUUGCAUCAAUGGCAACAUUCAUGGUUUCUUUUAUGGGAAGCGGGGCCUUAGACAAGGAGACCCCUUGUCUCCGUAUUUGUUUACGCUAGUUAUGGAAGUCUUAUCGCUUCUCCUUCAGCAUGCAGCGAGAACUCAUGCAUCGUUCAAAUUCCAUUCUCAAUGUGCUAAACAAAGAAUUAUAAAUGUGUCAUUCGCGGAUGACUUAUUUAUUUUUGCUCAUGGAGAUCGGCCCUCUGUUAAAGUUUUAAGGGAUGCGUUGGGCUGCUUUACAAAGAUUUCGGGUUUGGUUCCUAGUGCGCCGAAGAGUACCAUCUUCUUUUGCAAUGUUCCCAACCAUGUGAAAACGCAAAUCCUGGGUUUGAUGCCUUUUCAGGAGGGUUCCCUUCCGGUUCGCUACCUUGGAGUUCCGCUUAUUUCGACCCGUCUUGCUUAUAGGGAUUGUAAAAUCCUGAUUGAGAGAGUUAAGCGUCGAAUUGACAAUUGGAUGUCUAGAUCGUUAUCGUUUGCAGGUAGGCUUCAACUGAUCAAUUCGGUUCUGGCAUCUAUGUACACUUAUUGGGCUUCUGUCUUUAUGCUUCCGGUUCGUAUAGUUAAAGAGCUUGAAAAGUCUAUGCGUCGGUUUCUUUGGAAUGGUGGCAUUCAGGGGAAAGUUCGUUCAAAAGUUGCUUGGUCCAAUGUUUGCUUGCCGAAGGAAGAGGGGGGGUUGGGUAUCCGCAGUAUUAAGGAUGUCAAUAUUGCUUUACUUGCUGGCCAUGUAUGGAGUAUUAUUAAUCAUCGUCCUUCGCUUUGGGUGCAAUGGAUUCAUUCCUACAAAUUGAAAGGUACGAACUUCUGGGAGGUGACAAAACGGGGUAGCGCAAGCUGGGGUUGGAGACAUAUUCUUGCAAUUCGUGACCACAUCAGACCUUAUGUUUGGAUGUCUAUCUUGAGUGGUCGGCAAACGAAUGCUUGGAGUGAUAACUGGUGUUCUUGUAGCCCUCUUAGAUCCUUUAUAUCUCCUCGGGCAAUAGCCAAUGCAGGUUUCAACCUUCGGUCUACUGUUGCGGAUAUUAUUGAUGAUAUCGGACAAUGGAAAUGGCCUCAAGCUUGGUUCGAUCUUUUUCCGGUUCUUAUAAACAUUCCUUCUCCGCAUCCUUUAGUUGAUAUGGCUGAUCGGUGUAGUUGGAAAGAUAUGGAAGGGAACCUUUGUCAUUUUCGGGCUUGGGAUGUUUGGAACACUUUGCGGCAUAGGGAUGAUAGGGUUGCUUGGGUUGACUCAAUUUGGUUCAGCCAAUGCAUCCCGCGGCAUUCAUUUCAUAUGUGGUUAGUAAUGACUAAUAAAUUAAAGACGCAAGACAGGAUGGCUGCGUGGGAAGCGGGUAGUACUACUAAUCUGAUUCUUAUGUGUUGCCCUCUUUGUUACCAUGAUCGCGAUUCUAGAGACCACCUUUUCUUUCAAUGCUCCUUUGCCACGAAAGUUUGGGAAGCAGUGAGGAAAAGGGUCAACAUGGAGAGUGUUAACAACACAUGGUCCUCGGUUAGGCAGUGGAUGAUUCAAAACGCAAAUUCUAGAACUCUAGACCGGAUUGUGGGUAAGAUCCUUAUUGCGGCUACUUCGUACUAUGUAUGGCAGGAGAGGAAUAACUGGUUAUUUUCUAGUGUCCAACGAUCCCCUGAGAUGCUCUCGCAUGUUAUUAUCAGUACGGUUCGUUUGAAGAUUAUGGGAUUCAAGCUUCGGAAUGACAGGAAGCAUCGUGACCUUUUGGAAACCUGGCAGAUCUCGGUGAAGAGUUUGGAUUGUGAUCCGGAAAAGGUUUCGGUAGCCAUUCCUAAUGUAGAGGAUGGUGGUUUUCUAAAGAGCUCGAUCAACGUUGAGUAUGAGUGGACUCCUCCGAGGUGUUCUACAUGCAACGUUUUUGGACACACGCUGGAGGAUUGCCCAAAGGUUGUGAAGCCAAAGAUUAACCAAGAACCGAAAGGUAAGAAUAAGUUGGAUGAACAGGGCUAUCAAGUUAUAGGGAAAAAGAAUUCGGCGAAACAUGUAAUCAAAGACAAACCGAAGUUUGCUUAUCGGCCUGUGAGGAAGGACCAACAUAAAGCUUCUACGUCUAAACUGAAAGCAGACGGUAUUCCGCUAAGUAACGCUUUUAGUGCUUUGGAAACACCUAGUAAUGAUUGUGAUGAUGAUGUGUCGGAUCAGGAUGAGGUCAGGGAAGUGGUGAAUGAAACGACCAUGUUUAUGCAAAAUAAGAAGACUGAUGGAGGUUCUUUUUCAGGGGCAAGCACUCCUGCUGUCGAGGUUUCUAAUGGAUAG